UAGUCAAUCAGUCAAGUUCUUUUAAUUGUACCAAACUAACAAAAUGAAAGCCACUUUCACCGUUGCCGCUGUGCUUUGCGCCUACUUAUUGGUCCAAUCGGCCGUAGCAUUGCCCUUGUCUUCUUCUUCCUUUUCUGAAUCAGGAGAAGCUGUUAUUCAACAGGCACAGGAACACAAGAGGAAGCUGCCCCCAAUUGUUAUUGAUACUUAUAUGAAGGCCGAUUCCCACAUUAAAGUACCUGAGGAAGUUGCCGAAGCUCUAGCCACAUUGUUCUUCAAGUUGCAACAAGAACAGAAGAAUAAGCAACAGAAAAAACCAGUUGCUCAGCCUGAGGAGCCGUCAAAGGAUGAACAGCCACAGAGCGAUGAGCCAUCAAAGGUAGACCAACCCGAACAAGGUGAGGAACCGUCAAAGGAUGAACAGCCUGCAUCAGCUGAACAGCCAGCUUCAGCUGAACAGCCAGCAUCUGCUGAAGAGCCAGCAUCAGCCGAAGAGCCAGCAUCAGCUGAAGAGCCAGCACAAAGCCAGGAACCGGCAGCAGCCGAAGAGCCAGCUCAAAGCCAGGAACCAGCAGCAGCCGAAGAGCCAGCUCAAAGCCAGGAACCAGCAGCAGCCGAAGAGCCAGCUCAGAGCGAACAGUAAAUUGGACUAAAUUAAUAGUUAUGUAGUCCGGGCGAAGCCGAAACAGCUGCACGAUCGAGGAGUCUUAUGUGGAAGCCUCUAAGGGAAGCCAAAUAAGAUGUUUCAUGAAUUUGUGUAGAGAUUUUGAAAUAAAAAAUUCAUAUUGCAACAAUU